CUCGACCUUCUGAUGAUCGGGAAAACUGGCAACGGAAAAAGUUCUCUAGGGAACUUUAUCUUACGACGAAACGCGUUUGAGAGCAGGAGCAGCGCCACCUCUGUCACCACGGGCGUGUCUUACGAUUUCUCAGAAUUUUACGGUCGCACCAUCAAAGUCGUCGACGGGCCAGGCGUAGGGGACACCCGUUUGAAAAAUGAGCAUGCCGCGACGCGUGUUAUAGAGGCCAUGCAGUACGCCAUAUCCGCCAAUCCGCGGGGAUACCAUGCCUUUCUCCUGGUGGUCAAAUUUGGUGGGCGCUUCACGUCGGAGGACGGAGACACGAUUGAGUUUCUUAAGAAAGUUUUUGGGAAGGGUUUCGUCAAGAGAUAUUGUAUUCUGGUCAUGGCGUACGGCGACAAUUUCGAGAAAGAGAGCCGCGAAACCGGACAGACCUUCCAGCAGUGGUGCGAUGAGCAGGGCGGUGUCUUCCGUGAGCUGUUGGCGGAAUGCGGCGAGAGGAUCAUUUUGAUGGACAACAAGACCAAAGACGGUGUGAAGAUCAACCAGCAAAUAUCUGAUUUGGUUGACAAGGUCGACCGUUUGACCUCCAACGGGCAUCGCUAUACGGACGAACAUUUCAAAAACGCUAAAGCGGCACGGGACGCGCUGAUCCUAGACGUCAGGAGGCCAAUGAUACAAGAGGAGGCCAUGAGAGAAACGAGUCUGAUUUUGUUCAAGCUGAAGAAUAUUCAACUCACCGUCGAGCCUGAAGACAUGAAGCCUCAACUAGAUGAGUUGUUCAACAGGGCUGAGCUUUUGCACGAGAGCAUCUGCGCCCAGGACAAGGGAUCGGGAGCUCUCCCCGAUUUGAUGGAGACCGUUUCAACUCUGCGGAGACAGAUCGUCAGUGAGAUCGACUUCUCCCGGACAAUAACAGUGGAGAAAGAUAGAAUGAAAAAUGAGCAGGAAAAGAGGGAGAGAAUGUUCAAUGAAGAAAUGGCGAGGCAGAAGGAAGAUUACGAGCGUUCAAUAAUGGCGUUAAAAUUGGAGGACGAACAUCGGGGACGAAUGAGGAGAGAGGAAGAAAAACUACUGAAUGACAUAGAGAAGAGAAGAAAAGUAGCAAAGGAUGUAGAGAGGAGAUUUUUCGAAGAAUUGAUGAAGGAAUGGGAGAGGCGAGAUAAAGAAUUGGAAGAACUUGAGAAGAAAUGUCGCGAGGCCAAGGCAAAGAAUCAAGAGGGCAUUCUCUCAGAAAUUAUUAGUGGCAUCACCUGGGCUUUAAAAACAUUGUUGGGAUUUAAAUAACACGUCUAGCUUUGUACGCCCAGUUGCACACAAAUGUAUGAAAUAUGUGCCGUCCGGCUCGGGUUACCGUACAAAUAUAACGCAAGGCCAACUUCCUAUGGACAAAAGAAAUUACCGAUCUACGUCCUGCAACGACCGUCGUAUUUUGAAUUCUGUCGGAGAACGUACUCUACUAGUUUAUUCUGGAAUGCAAACUUUAUAACCCC